GUGACGCGGAAGUGGGGCAAAAGUCACGGCGGAGUGUUUCACAGCAGAUCCGCAGACUUUCACAGUGAUAGGUCCCGAAAAACAUUUCUUAAAUCAUCAUAAACAUAAAACAUCAUCUGAACAUGUCAGGACUUUUGACGUUCGACGGCAGAGUCGUGCUGGUGACCGGAGCCGGAGGAGGUUUGGGGAGGGAAUAUGCGCUGGCGUUCGGUCAGAGAGGAGCCGCUGUCAUUGUAAAUGAUCUGGGAGGAGAUAUUAAAGGAGGUGGCAGGAGCUCAGCGGCUGCUGAUAAAGUGGUGGAGGAGAUCAGAGCUAAAGGAGGAAAAGCCGUAGCUAAUUACGAUUCAGUGGAAGAUGGUGAGAAGCUCAUUCAGACGGCGCUGGAUGCAUUUGGCCGAAUAGAUAUCGUGGUGAAUAACGCAGGGAUUCUGCGGGACCGAUCGUUCGCCAGGACCAGUGAUACGGACUGGGACCUUAUUCACCGUGUGCAUCUGAGGGGCUCCUUCCUUGUCACACGGGCUGCGUGGAACCACAUGAAGAACCAGAAGUUUGGGAGGAUCAUCAUGACGUCGUCCGCAGCGGGAAUCUACGGGAACUUCGGCCAGGCGAACUACAGCGCGGCGAAGUUGGGUCUGCUGGGCCUCGCCAACACGCUGGCCAUCGAAGGGCAGAAAUACAACAUCCACUGCAACACCAUCGCGCCAACUGCAGGAUCCCGCCUCACCGAGACCGUCAUGCCACCAGAUCUGGUGCAGUCGCUAAAGGCCGAAUACGUGGCGCCGCUGGUGCUGUGGCUGUGCCAUGAAGCAUGUCAGGAGAACGGAGGACUGUUUGAGGUUGGCGCAGGCUGGAUCGGCAAAUUGCGGUGGGAGAGGAGUCUGGGCCGAACUGUGCGGCAGAAGAACAAGAGCAUGACACCAGAGGCCGUACGGGACACGUGGAAUGAGAUCUGUGACUUCACUGACGCCACCAAACCCGCCAGCAUCCAGGAAUCGCUGCAUACGCUGGUGGAGGUUCUGUCCAGAGUGGAAGACGAACGUGGAAUCAGAGCCAAUCCGACCGGAGCGUCUGCCGGCACAAACCCUUCGGCAGCUGUAGGACAGACUCUCCCGGAGAUGAGCUUCACUUACACACACAUGAACUGUAUCCUGUACGCUCUGGGUGUGGGAAUGUCCACCAAAGAGCCCGACCACCUCAAGUUCCUCUUUGAAGGCCAUGAAGACUUCAGCUGUCUGCCCACGUUUGGAGUGAUUCCAGCCCAGAGCGCCAUGAUGGGCCUCGGCAGCAUCCCAGGCCUCAACCUCGACUUCACCAGGCUGCUGCAUGGAGAGCAGUAUCUGGAGAUGUUCAGACCGCUGCCAACCUCAGGGACUCUGACGUCACAGGCCAGGGUGGCAGAUGUGCUGGAUAAAGGAUCGGGAAUGGUCAUCCUGCUAGAUGUUCAUACGUACAGCGGGCGUGAGCUGGUGUGUUAUAAUCAGUUCUCGGUGUUCAUCGUUGGCGCUGGAGGAUUUGGAGGGAAGCGGGCGUCUCAGAAGGCUGUGGUCACAGUUCCUCUUCCUGACAGACCUCCAGACGCUGUGAUUGUUGAACAAACAUCUAAAGAUCAGGCGGCUCUGUACAGACUAAGUGGUGACUGGAACCCGCUGCACAUCGACCCUGGUUUCGCCGCUAUGGGAGGGUUCAAGUCUCCCAUCCUGCACGGCUUGUGUUCGUUUGGCUUUGCCGCCCGUCACGUUCUGAAACAGUACGCAGGAAACGAUGUGUCCAGAUUCAAGUCUAUCAAGGUGCGUUUCGUGAAGCCCGUGUAUCCGGGCCAGUCUCUGCAGACGGAGAUGUGGAAGGAGGCGAACAGGAUUCACAUCCAGUGUAAGGUCAAGGAAACGGGCGGCGUGGUGUUGUCUGGAGCAUAUAUAGAUUUACACGCAGACGCGUCUGUCAGCGCCGGUCCGCCGCAGACGGACAGCCUGCAGAGCGAUCUGGUGUUCGCUGAAAUUGGACGUAGGAUCAAAGACACGGGCGACGAGCUGGUGAAGAAGGUCAAUGCCGUGUUCGGAUGGGAGAUCAGCAAAAACGGCAAAACCGUCCGACACUGGACCAUCGAUCUGAAGACGGGCCGGGGAUCUCUACACAAAGGAGCCACUAAAUCUGACGUGACCUUCACAAUCUCUGAUGAGGACUUCAUGGAGGUGGUGAUGGGCAGACUGAAUCCUCAGAAGGCGUUUUUCGCUGGCAAGCUGAAAGUCAAAGGGAACAUCAUGUUGAGCCAGAAGCUGGAGGUCGUGCUGAAGGACUACGCCAAACUCUGAGGAUCCACAUCAUCAUCAUCGAUGAGAGCCGCACACGUCUGACUGCAUUAAUCACCGCAUUGACUGAUUCAGAGUGUUUCUAAUAAUGUUGAUACAAAUGCUAAUACUGUACUGAUGUUUAUAAUAAAAGAUGAGAUAAUCAUUAAUAAAAAUGUAAUAAAAAACUUAAAACCCAGCAAAGAAAUAAGGAUGUUG